AUGGGUCAACUAUUAUCCCAUCCUUUAACGGAGAAAACGAUCAUUCAAGAUAAUGACCCUCAUUCAAGAUUCAAUGUCACUACAGGUUCCAUGCAAGGAUAUCGAUUAACUCAAGAAGAUUCUCAUUUUGUUUAUUCCUCUCCAAACACACAUGUCACUCUCUAUGAUCCCUUCCAUAUGAAAUAUGUAACAUAUCCAAUAUCGAUCUUUGCUGUUUGUGAUGGUCAUGGUGGUCCCGAAUGUUCUACUUUCAUAGCAUCCAAACAUGCAGAUUCUUCUUCUCAUAAUACUUCUGCUAAAAAUUCAGAUUUACCACAACAAAUCCCAAGUUUGGCACGUUGUAUAAUUUAUUCUUUAGAAAAUCAUAAAUAUGGAGCUAUAACUAAUGGUCCUUCUAUAACCAAAUCAAAUUCCAACAAUUCCACAACAGAAACAAAUAACCUCUCAGAUUCAAAUACAUUACAGCCUUCAAGUAAAAGACAAUUUGCCACAAUUCAAGGUCUAGUGGCUCAAUGUAUUAAAGAUGCUUUCCAUUUACAAGAUAAAGCAUUCUAUAGAUAUCAUUCAAAUAGUCAAUGUGGUUCCACUGCCAUUGUCUCCGUAAUAAUCGAUCAUACUCAUUUAUUUGUGGCAAAUAUUGGUGAUUCUAGAUGUAUUUUAUCCACUAAAAAUAAAGGUAUCAAACCAUUAUCAUUUGAUCACAAACCACAACAUAUAGGAGAAUUAUUACGUAUUAAUGAUAAUGGUGGUACUGUAUCAUUAGGAAGAGUAGGUGGUGUCCUAGCAUUAAGUAGGGCGUUUGGUGAUUUCCAAUUUAAAAAAAAUGUAGAUCUUCAUGUAAAGAGUUCUAAAUUUAAAAAUAAUACAAGUAAUACAGCUCAACCAAUUCCAAAAUUAGGUUUCCGUAAUAAUCAAAGAAUUACUCCAUAUCAAGAAGCUCAAGUCUCUUGUGAACCAGAUAUUCUAACUCAUGAAAUUAAUUAUAACAAAGACGAGUUUUUAGUCCUGGCAUGUGAUGGGAUUUGGGAUGUUUAUAAUAACAAACAAUUAAUUCAAUUCAUAAAAUAUCAUUUGACUAUUGGGCUCAAGUUCGAUUCCGUUAUUACUAAAUUAUUAGAUCAUGGUAUUUCAAAAGCGGAUGCAAAUACAGGUGUUGGUUUCGAUAAUAUGACUUGCAUGAUAGUUACUUUAAAUAAGAAAAAUGAAUCUAUUAAUGAUUGGUAUUCAAGAAUAAAAUCCAGAUUAGAAAAAGAACGUGGAAUUGUAUGA